AUGUUUUUCAUCAGAGCUCUCGGAAUAUUUUCCGUAGCCUGUGGGAGCCUUGUGUCUGGACAGUUACAAGCUGCAGUUGAUGGACAUAAAACCUUCAAUCCGAAGGUUCCAUGUAGCCACGAUGACCAGACGAAACACGGCCUCUGUGAUCCACCGAGCGCUGCGGCGAAAGACCCAGUCAAUAGAAUAAGAUAUAUGAGGGAAGACGACAGCAAUGUCCCAGUGGCGGUUCAAGAAUCCAUAAUGCCUACAGUUCAGGUCCAACCUUCAACAACACCAAGCAUAGCUAGCACGCGAAAAACAGAUAUAAUACCUACAGCGGCAGCAAACAUCAAGCGUGGAAAUCCGGAUAAAGGGGAUUGGGUUACUCCUAAGGACUACAAGAGUCACGAUGAGUUCGUGCUUGGCGAGGUUCGGAAGGCUUAUAAAGACCAUGCAGCAAGAUAUAAAUAUGUUCAAUUGGCAGAUUUAGAAAAUCUCCCAUGGUUACUAACACCGACUUCCGAGGUCCUCGAGUUCAAAAACCAAACCUUGACGUUGACAAUGCAGAGUCUCUAUGGCUCCACCGUCGUCCUCGUUGUGUCCACUCGCGGGGCGUGGAUGUGCCAUCUGUACGAAACUCUGCUGAUUGAUCCGCCGGAAGGUUUCGAUGGGUCGAUUGGUUCGUUUCUAUUGAAAGGUGCGGAGGAGCCAGAUGCUCUUGUCAAACUACACAAGUACGGCCUCACACAACUGCGUGGGGUGUCCAAGGGAGAUUCAAUUGGCCGAAUUUUUGGUGACAAUGAAAAGGACAUGCGCGGCACCAAGGUCUAUAUAUUUACACCGCGUCCGCGUGUUGCCGGCGCUCAACGCUCUUUUAGUCCCGGUGCUUCGGAGAUGGUGGGCAUCACGGACAAGCCCCUAUCCGACGCACAACGCCAAGACGAAAACGCAAAUGCGGGCAAAGUCCUAUAUCAACAAAAGAUCGACCAGAUAAAAGAGGUGGUUCUUAAGGCCCUACAGACGCCAACAGGAAAGCCAAGCGUUGAGGUCAUUGAUUACGCGCCGAUGGUACCGACCUUGAAAGAAGUCGAGGAGCAGGAUAAAAAGGAGAAGGAACAGGCUGAGAAAAAUGCCAAGAGGGAUACCUUUACCGACACAGACAAUAAGUCACAUAGAGGAAAGCUUAUUCUGCAAUACCAGCCUGCCGAAUGCGACCGCAAGAGUGCAUGGCAGUUUUGGGUAGAGGGGCGCGAUCUCGGUUCACGACACGUGGAAUGGGAUCCAGAAAACGCUGGACAGAUAUUUAAUUCGAAUAAUGCGAAAACUGGUAAAUACUGUUCCCCGGCUAAGACAACAUCAUCAGCAACGCCUACCAAAACCGAAACGCCGAAGUGCGACGACAAAGAAUGCGCCAAGAAGAGCUGUGAUGGAGGGAAAGUUGGGACCUGUACGCCGCUUGUAAAGGUGGUUGGUGGGCCGGACCCGGGGAAGGCCUGUGUUUGUCUCGCGAAGCCGGCGACGCCGACGCCCAAGUACGCGGCGGGUACCUGCAGUGUCCACAUAACGGAAUAUAACGCUGCAGAGCCUGACGGGGUGAGGGUAGAACUGAGUCUCAAGGAUAGCAGUGGCAAAGAGCUUGAACAUUACCCCAAGACGCGACAGCCGUGGUACGCUCCAGUUAGCAUGACAGAAGCGAGAAAGAACUAUCUCCCACGGAUCCUGACCGUUAUCUUCACCCAGGACCUACCGGAGGGGGUGGCGGUGGACGAAUGCAACUACGGAAACAAGAUGCCUGGCGGGAGGAAGAGGGAGGCCGCGAACGGUACAGACAUCGAGUCUGCGUACUCUCCGCGGGGUGUUCAAAAGAGGUGUCCCGCCUCACAAUACAACCAGUGGCUAAUUUGGUUGAAUUAUGCGGAUCAAAGAUGGACGCAUCAGCAGAAUGACGAGAAGAAGGUUCCAUUUUGUAGGGUUGGCGGCUGGGCUACUUACUGGCUCGACUCGCCAACUCGUGAUAUGGACUGUUACUUCAAGUGUUAG